AUGGCGCCUGAUAGGGGUCGUAAUGACCGCCUUUUGGAGCUGGGCUUCUCGGCGAUUGGGUUCGUCGCAAUGAUCCUGAUCGGCCGUCACCUCAUCAACAAGAUGUCCGAGGCGUCUGACCCAGACCAUGAGAAGAAGGAGCAGACAAGACUCAAGUCGGCGGCAAUACUGCGCAGGCUGGACGAUGCGCCGAAGAACGAAAACCAUCAACGAGACUACGAUCGAGCGAGCAGAGAAGAUCUAGAAUUGUCGCAGUAUGAGCAAGCCGUCUUACAGGAUCUCGUCUUCCCGGAGGACAUACCGGUCUCGUUCGAAGACAUCGGCGGCCUGUCCCACGUCAUCGAAGAGUUGCGGGAAUCCGUCAUCUAUCCCCUCACGAUGCCAGAUCUAUAUGCCACAUCAUCCUCAUUGCUAUCGGCGCCAUCGGGCGUGCUACUAUACGGGCCGCCAGGCUGUGGCAAGACGAUGCUUGCAAAAGCACUUGCGCAUGAGAGCGGCGCCUGUUUUAUAAAUCUUCACAUAUCUACACUGACCGAAAAGUGGUUUGGCGACUCUAAUAAGCUAGUGAAUGCCGUCUUCUCACUAGCAAGAAAGCUGGAGCCCACAAUAGUCUUCAUUGACGAAAUCGAUGCGGUUCUGGGAACACGGAGGUCGGGCGAACAUGAGGCCAGCGGCAUGGUCAAAGCAGAGUUCAUGACACACUGGGAUGGCCUGGCAUCGUCUAAUCGCCAUGGACGUCCGCAACGAAUCAUGAUACUUGGCGCCACGAAUCGCAUUGGAGACAUCGAUGAGGCUAUAUUGCGUAGAAUGCCCAAGAAGUUCCCCGUCAACCUGCCGAAUAUGUCGCAGAGACUGAAAAUCCUACGAAUCCUACUCCAGGACGUCAAGACCGACCCAGCAUUCGACCUGGAACACCUAGCGCGAGUCACGGCAGGGAUGUCUGGCAGUGAAUUGAAAGAAGCAUGUCGGGACGCUGCGAUGACUCCGGUCCGAGAAAUGAUACAAGCACAACGACAGAGUGGCCAGCGGAUGGAUCAAAUACGUCCCGGACUGGUCAGAGGUCUCCGGACUGACGACUUCUGGAGCGCCAAGAGCAGCCAUAAAUCCGCAAAGAAGUCUGCCUCGAGGGGCGACGGAGACUGGAAGACUGAUUCUGAGGUAUCUGAUGGUGUUUCAAGUUCAGAUCCGUCGGAAGCAUUGAUCGAUGCCAAGGAGAACAUCACAUAG